CCCUCACUUGUUGUGAAACACAAUGGACGACAAGACAGAAGAAUUGAGCGAUGAUUUCCUUAAAGAGAUCGAGGAGGUGCUUCAAGAAACGAGCAUAGAAGGAGAAGAAGGGGAACCCAAGGAGAAUGAAACCGCCACUGAAGCUACUGGAGCAGACACUAAUGGAAUACAAGAAGCUAAGAAUAUUUCUGAUCUGACAGUAUCAAUACAGUCUGCUCUUGCUAAGAAUGAGGACCUGGAGGUGUUACGUGAGCUGUGUUCGGCCGGUGUCCCUCCACUGGUCCGCGGUGACCUUUGGAGAGCAUUCCUUGGGGUCAACCGACGACCGGACGCCAUCGGAUCAUGGAACGGACCACUGGACUGUGAGAACCAGUCACUGAUUCAUCAAGACACUAUCAGUCAAGCAAUACGCUGUACCCAGUCAGAAGAGACCCAGGUUGGUCUGUCCACUACAAUGGAGGAGGUGAUCAGUUUUUACUCCAAGUCUCGUAAUGUGACCUAUACUACUGAGACAGGAUGGGCGGAGCUACUGUCUCCUUUAGCAUCUCUCGGUCUUUCAAAGAGUGACCUCUUUAAUUGUCUCUACGUGCUCCUGGCUAAAUUUAUACCAAGGGACUGUAGAGGAGGAGGGAGGCCGUUUGACUUGUUCAGAUUAUUAUUGUUAUAUCAUGACCCUAACUUAUGCUCCAUUCUUGACACAAGGAAACUGUAUCCACAUCUGUAUCUGCAGCCAUGGCUGAGGAGUAUAUUCUCCAGUCAGUGUUCGGUAGGUGUGGUACAUACCUUGUGGGAUCUUUAUCUAAUGGAGCGUGAUCCUUUCCUUGUCUUCUUUCUAGCACUGGUAAUGGUCAUUAAUGCAAAAGAGUUGAUACAGGAGACCCCAGUAGACACUCCAGUGGAUGAUCUGAACUCAAUGAUACUAACCUUACCUCAACAGCUGACAUCAGAAGACAUCACUGACCUCUUCUCUUUAGCUCAGUACUAUGCAGUUAGGACUCCACAGAGCUUUAGAAAAGAUUAUCAUAAUAUGUUAUUUGGUACCAGUAGGAGUGUCUCAUCAGUAAGUACAGGUGCUCUCUGUCUCCCUGUACAAAUGCAGGAGGUGAUUGACUCACUAACUAACGAGACUGCUGCUGGUAUUAAGUAUUUCAUUGUUGAUUGCCGUCCAUUGCAACACUUCAGUGCUGGACACAUCCAGGGGGCUAUGCACAUGGACACUGACCUGUUGUUACAUUCGCCUAAAGACUUCUCCACUGCGAUGGACAGGCUCUGUGAUCGUAUCAAACAAAAUGGCGGAGAGAACGGAGAGCACCUUUGCUUCCUUGGGUCAGGGAGAGAGCAAGAAGACCAGUAUAUGAAUAUGGUCUUGGCUAAGUUCCUUCAGCAAUCAGUUCCUUACAUCAGCAUAGCUAGGGGAGGCUUCCUAGAGAUGUUGAGGCUACUUGGAGCAAGAGCUGGUCAGUUGUUGGAGGACUUUGAUUCUGAGCUAUGUCAUCAGCUCUACGAGGACUCCAGGGCAUCAAGCAACCCAUCACCAUCACGCAGUGACUGCAACUCUGAUAGUGAUACUGAAGCUCAUCUUGGAUAUUAUUACAAGCAAAGACUCCAAGAGAAAAGUGCUCAGAUCUAUACAUCAUUAGCAGCUGGCUGGAGAGACAGGUCCCAAAGGCUCCGAGUGAGAAUGGGCGAGUUAUGGAAGUCACGACAAGUAGCGGCUUACAAGCAAAGACCUCUCGCUGGAGAAGAGAAGAAGAAAAAUGGUCGACGGUAUCACAACUUGCCAGAGAAUGUUUUUGUGAUUGCGGACGACGAAGAAGAGGAGGGAGAGAGAGAGGAAGUAGGCGGAGCUGAGAGUGAACUUGUUAAUAUUAGUCUAUAUUCAACUUCACCCGAAAUACUUCACUCAUUCCCUUGCACUGAAGUUACUGAUACUGGACACAUGGCUACAAGUCAUCUCCUCUUAACUAGUAAAGAUUUGAUAAUACUACGUGAAGCUCCAGACAGGGCUGGUUGGGGUCGUAUCAAACAUCGUGAGAACUUAUUAACAAUUUUAAAAAUCACCGCCAAAAAGCAUCACCCAGACAUUGUCACGUUUAAGUUCGGUCACCAUGACAACGGUGCGAUCGUCUUGACCCACCAGAUUAGAGUGAGACUACCUAACACUCGUAAAGCAACUGAAGCUAUUAGGAACACAGUGGAACAGGCAAACAAAUAAUAACAACAACAACAACAACAACAAUAACAAUAACAAUAAUAAUAUUGAUACAUGUACACGUGUACUUUAUGAUUUCAGUUUUAUUCAACUCUAGUCUGUACAGCGUCUGACAGUUUUUCUAAUUUUAAA